AUGGAACCAUUGCGCCUCAAGCCGAGGCAACCCGUUGAGCAUGUGGUGGAGAACUGGGACGACGAUGACUUUAUGAUCGAUGGCGACGACAUCACCUUUCGCAGCUCUACAAACACUGCUCCAUUGGCGCCUAACAGUCGCCGCGAGUCACAUUCAUCAUUCCGUUCCGACUUUGAAUCCAUUCACGCCGACGAAGAGCAGCAGGUUCUGCUCCCGGGCGACGACGAGAAGUCAACGUUAGACGCCAUUGCACUUGCCACCAAUGCUGGCAUUCCUCUCCCCACGAAUGUGCCGCCAUCGGCCCUCAUGGGCGGCACGAUCAAGAGGCUCGGAGGCCGGAAAAUAAAAAAAAUCUUCCAGGAGGACUGGGGUGACGAUCUGGAGUUACCAGAUGACCCGCAGCCCCUGCAUAUCAAGCCUCAAGACGGGUCACAGUUUCCCGACGUGUUGCGUCAAGUUAGCGGCAGCUCCACCCAAGCAAGCCCCGUCAAGUCGGCCAAGCCUUCACCAGCUCUUAUUCGUCCGGAGUCGGUAGCACCUGCGCCAAAGACGUCCAGUGCCGCGUCUAUAAACUUGGACCAGUUUCGGGAUUCGGAUGACGAGGACGACUUCUUUGGUGACGGUAUCGCCACUAUCAAAGUCCCGAAGACGCGUCAAGCACCCAAGCCAAUAUCCAUGAUUACACCCCCGACACCACAGAAGAGCGCUGGCCUCGAUGACGACUUUGAACAAGACCUGGAGCUGCCUUCUAAUGGAAAGUUGACCUUGUCAAAACGGAAGGACAUCCCCAAAACGCCGUCGAACGCGCUCGACGAUUUCGAGUGGGGCGAGGGAAGUCUGGGAACACGCUUCGGCGGAACCCGGCGCGACGGGCGCUCCAACCGCAGCUCUUCUGUUUCUGCUCUCAGUCCCAGUGUGUCAAGUUCGAUCACUGCUGAGAGCGAGGGUGAAGAUGACACAUUUGAUGGUCUUGUACUACCAACGGGCCCUGUCAACUUUGGAGAGAGACUGCAAAAGAGGCGAUCGAGCCGUUCGCCCCAGCGGUCGUCCAAGGCGGCUGAGGAGCUUCAACCACGGCAGCCAUCACAGACCUCGUCUCAGCCACCAGCUGCUUCUGCGGCUUCUGCGGCUUCUGCUCUGGGUAUCUACCAAGCAAAACCCCGCGAAGCGGACAAAGAGGACUUUUUGACUGGCCUUGAUCUUGGGGACGGCGAGGUUUUCGAUACCAACCGCAUGACCCUGCACCGUCAUGUCCGGCUCAAGGAGACGCGGCCAGCGAGCCCUUCACGGCCCAAGGCUGCUGUAUCCAUUACCUUCACCAAUAAGCCUACAACCGGGGCAUCGCGGUUGCCGCGGCCAAUGACCCACGAACGCACGCACACUGCUUCCUCUCUCGAGCCUGUCUCUGAGAGUGGCGGCCCCAUUAUCAGCCUUGCCCGGAGAUCCCAGUCCCGCCUCGGCCACUCGGCACAGUCGUCUGUGUCUAGUAUUCCCACCCCGUCUACCCCUUCCUCCGUUCAGUCUAUGCCACCUCCUUCCACACCCCGCCGGCGCGAGCUUGGUCAGAAGACGUCAACGACGUCUUUGCGAAACGAGCCCACGACUACCAAUGCCCAGCUCCUUCGCCUGAAGAGGUCACUGCCGGUCAUGAGGCAAAACCCUUCCCCUGCGCCAAGGCCCGUUACAUCACGCGGUGGUUAUGAACGUCCUCCGUCGCGGACCGACUUCGGUGGCCGUCCUCAGUCUGCCAUGCGCCCCAAGACGCCUACCGAUCGCAUGCGCCCGGCCGUAGAGAGCUCUGCUGCUCAAGCCAGGAGAAACCCGAUGCCGUUUCUUCCGGCUGGAGCGUCACAAUCUCAGUCACACCACGUCACGUCGAAAAGCUCGCGAACUUUCCGCCGCCAUGAUUCUGAUACUGCCGUGGAUCUGCGGCCAAGUUCCCGUACCGUGUCACGCUCUACGAUGCAGUCGCCGAGUCCGUCAAAGAGAAAUCGCUACGCGGAUAAGCUGACACAAGAUGGCUCUUGGCAGCAACUCAACAAGCCUCGCCGUCAGAGGCAAUUUGGUGACGGUCAUGAGCUUGACGCGUUUGAUGACUUACCUACGUCCUCAACGGCAGAAUCCCGCUUCCUGCGGCAACCGGCAUCUGCUAAUCCAAAGCUCCAGCUGCGCAACAAGAUGUACCAAAACAUUCUCCCAGAUCGCACCACAACACCUUCCCCCUUGACGGUGUACUCGCCAACAACCCGGAACGACAACUUGCCCCAUUUCGCCCGCGACACUGCUGCGAGUCGGAUUGCGCGAGAGACCUCUAUCGCGCAGCGCAUGCCAUCGGGAUCUGGCCCUCUUGCGCCCCUGACCACGCAGCGCGUCGCUCAGCUGUCCACCCGCAACAACUACAAUGCACCCAUCAUGCCACACCUUCCCCGUGAUACCAUCCGGUCGAAGAAGACGCCGCGCCGGGUCCCGCAGCUGAAGCCGCACCUUAUCUCCAACUUGAACGGCGCCAAGGAGUCCAAGACUGUCAACGGCAUGUUCUACAACCCUGUGACCAUGCGCUGGGAAGGCAAUGAGAAUGCUCUUUCUGAGUUUGACCCUCCCGCAUCGUCGCCUUCAACUGCGUCGAUACCUCCGUACCUGCUUCGCGAAAAGGAGAACGCGACGCCUCGGCCCGCGCUCAUCACUCCUAUUGGCGCCACAAAGGGUGUCCAAGUGGUUGGUGGCAUGGUGUUUGACCCCCAAAACAUGUGCUGGCUGAAGCUUGGGCCCCAGAACAACACCCAGAAAGAAGGUGACGAUUCUCUGGAUGGGUUUAACGGAAUCGACAGCGAUGAGGACGUUUUCAAAGACAUUCCGGACCUGGACGAUGUGGCCGACACCACCGAGGCAGGCACUGGCCGGGUCAGCGACGUUAAGGACGAUUGGCUGGUCGGCGAGGAAUUCGACGUGGGCCCGGAGUUUAUCCGCCGGCAACGCGAGGAAGAACAGCGGUGGAGAAAGAAGUGCGAGAGAUGGAUGGCCUUCGAAGACCGCAACCAAAGUUCUUGGCGUUGGCUCCUGCAGGAGAUGGUUACUCAUCCGAUGUAA